GAAUCGCGUUGUACUGGCCUGCUUUCUGGCCCUUCCCAUCAGCCGGGAAGCCUGGAUCGUGGGCUGGGGGAAGCCAGAGCUGCUCCCACCUGGCUCCCACUGCCCCUAGCCGCUAGGUACCUGCUCUGGGCCCUGGAGUCCUUUAAAUCCGACAGCAAAACGCUCGAAGAUUGCAUCCUGGUGUGGGAACAGGGGAAAACAAAACCAAAAAAAUAGAUCCGAAUCACUGUAAAGCAAGUUACUUCUCUCCAUGUUCCCUUCUGAGAAUCCUGCCUCUGUCACAAGAACACACUUAGGUUAGCCUGCUGGAAGGGAGUCAUCCCAGCUGAGGCACCUGAGACCAGCCAGCACUCUGCCAGCCUACCAGCGUGAGUGAGCCCAGGCUAGAUCAGCCUAGCCCAGCCCAGCCCAGCCCAGCCCAACCCAGGUAGAGCCAGAUUUCACACUGAGCAGCUGCAGACGGAGCAGUCAGAGAAAGCACAACCAGCCCGGAUUCCCAGGGGCCUGCCGGGCACUCCGCCUGCUCCGGAGGGAAGCCCUGAGGCGGCUCUCUCGGGCCGGUCUCCGCUGCCAUGGAACCGGCAGCCGCCACCCCCCGGCUGCCCUCCGCACUGCCAGGCAGAUAAGGGUGGCGCUGCCCCAGGAGCACCUGCGACCAGCCCUUCUUCCGCUUUGGGCCACCUGUGCUGACCUGAUGCCAUGUAGGCCCCCUCGGGCCUCUGGGGACAGACACGCCACCGGGGACUCCGUCUGUGCAGCCUGGGGCACCCCGCUCACCACCAUGCCCCGGGGAUUCGCCUGGCUCCACUAUCUCGGCAUCCUCCUCGGCAUGGCCUUGGGGAACCAGGACCUGGAGGUGUGGCCCCUGACGCAGAGCAAGGAGUGCGCCCUCACUGGCAUCCUGCGGGGCAAGCUGCAGUACAGGAACCGCCUUCAGUACAUGAAACAGUACUUCCCCAUCGGCUACAGGGUCAGCAUGCCUUACGAGGGGGUGCUCAGAGCGGCCAACGUCACCAGGCUGCAGAGGGCCCGCGUGAGCCAGCAGGAGCUGCGCCACCUGUGGGUCUCGGUGAGUCUCAGCGCCACCGAGGCCGUGCAGGGGGUGCUGCUCGAAGGCCACCCGUCCUGGAAGUACCUGAAGGACAUCCACUCUCUGCUGGUGGAAGUCCAGCAGGCCCUCGGGGACGUGAAGCUCAGCCCCCCGGUGGAUGCUGUGCUGUCCCUCCUGAGUGACCCGCGGCUGAGCCUGAAGCUGGUGCGGCCCAAAGCCCUGCUGGACAACUGCUUUCGGGUCAUGGAGCUGCUGUACUGCUCCUGCUGUAAAGAAACAUCCGUCCAAAACUGGCAGGGCUGUCAGGUGCCCAGCCCUCAGCCCCACGGCCCGGAGCCCCUGCCGCAGUGUGUGGCCGCCUAGCGGGAGGUGGAGGCGCUCCCAGUCGGACUGGGCCUGAGAGGUCGCUGGGUGGUGGGGGGCGCCCCCCUUGGGAGAGCCCCAGGGAGGGUGUUUUACCUUUGGGGGGGUGUCCUGUGGGGGGAAGGCUCGGCCCCCCAUCCUCGGUGCCUCACAAGGUCUCUCGGGGAGUGGUGGGGGCCUGGGGGCACCUGGAGGCCGACGAGACUCGCAGCUCACGGCCCCUCCUGGCACCGCCCAGGAGCUGUGCCCGGUGGGCAGGUGGGUGUGGCGGACACAGGACUUGGCCAGGCUGGGGAGAGGGCAGAGCCAAAUGCCGUAUCUUGCCACAGUGGGUUCUCUGCCCGUUUAUUUUUUUCUAUUAAACACCCACUUUAUUUUG